CCGAAAGAGUAUCAAUCGUUUCCAAUCCUCCGAAUCAGCGAGUGCCUGGUUAUUCUUUUUACCGAGCAGCGCAGAAAUAAUCAAGUGUCAAGUAUCAAAUAUGAAGGCCUUUGUCGUCGUUGCGUCCCUGUUGGCUGUGGCUUCUGCCUCGACUACCAUCCUUGCGGCUCCCCGUUGGUACGGAUACGCUCCGGCGGCCACGUACUACGCUGCCCCAGCGGAACUGUCCAGCCAGUACCACGCCCAGGAUAGCCUCGGACAAUACUCAUAUGGAUACAACGGAGGAUUGUCGGCCAAGGCCGAAACCAAGUCGUUUGACGGAGUGACCCGCGGAUCGUACAGCUACCUGGACGCCGAGAACAAGCUGCAGACUGUCUCGUACACCGCUGAUGCCCUCAACGGAUUCCGCGCCCAGGCCAGCAACCUGCCCCAGGCUCCGGUCGAGACUCGUGUGGCUCCCGCCCCAGUUCAGGACACCCCCGAAGUCGCCAAGGCCCGUGCUGACCAUCUGGUCGCCGUUGAGGAAGCUAAGGUGCGCAACGCCAACGCCGCUUCCAGCGAUGAGAGCGCUAUCGUUGUGAGUGCUGCCCCAGCUGCCGUUGCCCCAAUUGCACCAAUUGUCCCCCAAAUCGCCACCUAUGCCGCCCCAAUUGCUCUGGCCCCAGCUUCCGGCUUUGCCUACUCGCACUCGACCGUUAACCUGAAGCCGGAAGUGUACGCCGCCGCCCCAGCUCCAAUCGCCACCAUUGCUGCCGCUCCGGCCUCUUUCGCUUACCAGACCUACUCCGCUGCUGCCCCUGCCCUCUACAACACCUGGAGCCAAGCCCCAGCUUACGCUUACAGCUACGGUGCUCCGGCUUUCUACGCCGCCAACACCGCUGCCGUUCCCCUGCCCGUUCAGGACACCCCUGAAGUUAUGCAGGCUAAGGCCGAGCACUUCGCUGCUGUCGCUGAGGCCAAGGCCCGCAACCUGCAAGGCUGCAAGGAUUUACUGCAGGUUGCGGGCCUUGGCCUCAGCGACAGCAGCGAAGUGCUCGGCCUUAGCCUGCAUAACUUCAGGGGUGUCCUGAACGGGCAGGGGAACGGCAGCGGUGUUGGCGGCGUAGAAAGCCGGAGCACCGUAGCUGUAAGCGUAAGCUGGGGCUUGGCUCCAGGUGUUGUAGAGGGCAGGGGCAGCAGCGGAGUAGGUCUGGUAAGCGAAAGAGGCCGGGGCGGCAGCAAAGGUGGCGACUGGAGCUGGGGCGGCGGCGUAAACUUCCGGCUUCAGGUUAACGGUCGAGUGCGAGUAGGCAAAUCCGGAAGCUGGGGCCAGAGCAAUUGGGGCGGCAUAGGUGGCGAUUUGGGGGACAAUUGGAGCAAUUGGGGCAACGGCAGCUGGGGCAGCACUCACAACGAUAGCGCUCUCAUCGCUGGAAGCGGCGUUGGCGUUGCGCACCUUAGCUUCCUCAACGGCGACCAGAUGGUCAGCACGGGCCUUAGCAACUUCGGGGGUGUCCUGAACUGGGGCGGGAGCCACACGAGUCUCGACCGGAGCCUGGGGCAGGUUGCUGGCCUGGGCGCGGAAUCCGUUGAGAGCAUCAGCGGUGUACGAGACAGUCUGCAGCUUGUUCUCGGCGUCCAGAUAUGGCCAAAAGUUCGUUUGCUGGCGAAGGAGGGAAGAAAUGAAAAGAACAGAACCAACCAGUGCGAAGAUCUUCCUGGAGGGAAGCUCGGCGAAACUGGAUCGCUCGUUAUCAUGAAGGUGUUCAUCGUGGUCUCAUCUCUGCUGGCCGUGGCCUUUGCCGCGCCUCAACUGCUGACUCAGCGCGUAUACGCGGCCGUUCCGGCUGUUACGACAUACGUAGCUGCGCCAGCGGAAGUGUCCAGCCAGUUCCACGCCCAGGAUGGAUUGGGACAGUACACCUACGGAUACAACGGAGGAUUGUCGGCCAAGACCGAAGCCAAGUCGUUGGACGGAGUGACCCGUGGAGCUUACCACUACCUGGACGCCGAGAACAAGCUGCAGACGGUGACCUACACUGCCGAUGCCGUCAACGGAUUCCGUGCCGAGGCCAGCAACAUGCCGGUGGCUCCAGUUGAGACCCGCGUCGCUCCGGAACCAGUUCAGGACACCCCCGAAGUCAUGCAGGCCAAGGCCGAGCACAUGUCUGCCGUUGAAGAUGCGAAGGUCCGUCUGGCCGCCGCCGAGAAGGAAGAGACCGCCGAAAUCGUUGAGAGUGCCGAGCCUGCUCCAGUUCCGGCCAUCCCAGCUAUUGCUCCGAUCACCACCUACUCCGCUGUUGCUGCCCCAAUCGCUCUGGCCCCAGCGUCCGGAUUUGCCUACCAGACUUCCUCGGUUGCCCUGAAGAACGAACCGCUGGCCUACACCACCUACGCCGCCGCUCCGGUCCCAGCCCCCGCUUCCUUCUCCUACUCGACCUACUCCCAGUCGGCUCCAGCUACUGCCAUCCAGUACGCUGCUGCCCCAUUCGUCCAGGCCCUUCCAGCUGCCACCACCUACGCUCUGAACGUCCAGGCUCCCGCCUACACCUACAGCUAUGGCGCCCCGGCCUUCUACACCACCACCAACCAGUUGGCCACUCCAGUCACCUUCGCUGCUCGUGCCCUGCCAACCUCAGUUCCAGCAGGUGCUGAGACCGCCGCCGAGGUCGUCGAAGCCGCUGCCCUGCCCGAACCAGUUCAGGACACUCCCGAGGUCGCCCAGGCCAAGGCCGAGUUCCUGCAGACCUUCGAGCAGGUCAAGGCCCGCAACGCCCAGUAAACCGAAGUGUGUGCCAUCGUGAUACAGGACAAACCAGCAACGCAAUCUAGCUCAAACCGGAACAUUUUGUAAAAAUGUACAGGUUUUUUUUUUCGUAAAAGCCCGCCAUAGACGGCGUACACGUGUGUACUAAACUAGCCAAAACGUUCAAAGAUAAUAUCGCAGCGCAGAAAUGUACAAAGAAAAUAAAACCACAAAAAAAUGGAGAAGAAGUUAAUCAACAA